AUGCUCGGCGACGAAGAGGACGUCUUCGACAGCGUCACCUGGGAGACCCCGACCGCCCCUGUGACAUAUGAGGGCGGCUCCUCCGCCCCUGCCGGCCCCGGGUUCAGGCAAAGCACGUCUGAGAGCGAGGAUGGUCGCGGGCCACACGACCCAAAGUGGGAAGGAUACCUCAUUACGAGCGUGAAGGAUCCCGUCAAGGAGCUCGCGGAGACGAAGGACGCCUACGUCUCGUAUCUUGUGUCUGCGAAGACCAACCUCCCUAUAUUCUCCACCCCUAAUCCUUCGGCGAGGCGACGAUUCCAAGACUUCGUCUUCUUGCGGUCGCACCUGGCCAAGGAUUUCCCUGCAUGUGUCGUCCCGCCAUUGCCGGACAAGCACAGACUUGAAUAUGUCACCGGGGACAGGUUCAGCCCAGAAUUCAUGGAGCGGCGACGCUCAGAUCUACACCGCUUCCUCCAACGCCUCGCGCGCCACCCCACCCUCCAGAGGAGUACGCUACUUCGUGCCUUCUUUGAGUCGACAGAAUGGCAUGUCAUUAUGCACCAGCAUGUCGCGCACCCCCCGGUCCCCGAGCAGUCCUCGGGCGUGAUCGACAGCAUCUCGGACAGCCUUCUCAACGCCUUCUCGCGCGUGCGCAAGCCUGACGAGCGUUUCCUCGCCAUGCGCGAGCACGUCGACAAGUUCGAGGAGGGCAUCUCGCUCUCCGAGCGCCUGUUCACGCGCGUCCGGAACCGCACCAACGACGGGAACCUGGAACCGGGUGAAGAUCUCACGGGGGACUACCACGACCUCGCCGUCGCGGUGCAAGGCCUCGGCUUCCUUGAGUCAGGCAUUACCGACCCGCUCAACCACUUCUCGAAUACGCUCCUGGAGUUCUCUGCGUUGUUGCGUCACACGACACAAAUGACUACUGAUCCCUUCCUCGUUCAUCUGCACGCCUUGCUCCAAUACUCGCAUGCGAACCGCGCAGUAUUGAAGCUUCGGGACCAGAAGCAGAUGGACUUCGAGGAGCUCUCGGAGUACCUCUCGCAGGUCACUGCGGAGCGAGACCGCCUCGCCGCGGUGAUCAGCGGUCGCGCAGGGAGCACGGGGCUCGGAUUGGGGGCGUACAUCAGGGACAGGGUCGAUGCAAUCCGCGGCGCGGACGAUGACAGAACAAGGGUCGAGCGUAUGCGCAAAUUGGAUACGAAGAUCAAGGAGCUGCAAGACGCUGUCCAGACCGCGCACGAGACCUCGGACGCAUUCAGCGACGAGACGCUCCGCGAGCAAACGAUCUUCCAGCGCGCCAAGGAGGCCGAGAUGAAGGAGAUGUUCGGGAACUACGCCGACGGUCAGAUCGAGUUCUAUAAGGCGGCUAUGGAGGAGUGGGACAGGAUCAUACCUAUUAUUCAGCGUAUACGAGUGGACGUCUAA